CUAGAACUAAUUUUUGUUUUUCAAUAUUGGUCAUUUGGAGUCUUGGUACUUGAAUAUAAAUGUGUUAUUCUGUAGAGAAUAGAUAAAGUAUAGCUGACGAAACAAUCUCAAGUGUAUUAAGGGGUGGAAGAAUUUUGGCUCGUGGCCCAGCCUGCGUCGUGUGCGCGCCUUUGGCUAGGCUGUUUAAGUUGAAAGGACCAAGGCAAUAGCAAGCAGUGUCAGAUUUUAGAAGAGAAAUGAAUCCCAAUUUCGAGGACAUUGGCAGAGAGUUUGUUAAGCAGUACUACCUUAUUUUUGACAAUCAGGACACCAGGCCGAGCAUAGUAAAUUUUUAUAAUGCGCAGAAUUCUCUUUUAACGUUCGAAGGGAAGCAGCUGCAAGGGGCGCCGAGCAUAAUGGAAAAAUUCGGAUCGCUAGGGUUUAAAAAUAUCAACCGUAUAAUCACAACAGUCGACUCGCAGCCGACAUUGGACGGAGGCGUCCUCAUCAGCGUUCUCGGCAGACUACAGUGCGACGACGAUCCUCCGCACGAGUUUACGCAGACGUUUAUUCUGCAGCCUGUGCAAGGCUCUUUUGUAUUGAUGCACGACAUUUUCAGACUCGGACUGCACGAUCUACCGUGAAAACUGCGAUGAAACUUAAUUGUAUAACCAUAAUUUAUUUUACUGCAAGUUCAAAAUAAAAUAAGUUUUUCAGUUGAAAUUUAAUGAAGCUCUCUCGGUGUUUAUUUCUACAGAAAUGUCCUGCUCAAAUAGUUUCGACUGCUGACUGCAGCUCAAAUUCAGAAACUUCCAAUCCUACUGCUAUAUAGGGAUCUCAAAAUCUUUUGUUGCUCCUGCUGUCGUCGCCCUUGUUGAUUGGAGUCUUUCCCGAGCUAAUGGAAAUGCGUAGCAAAUAGAGGCCUGACAAUGAGACGCUUCCAUUGUGCUUGGCAUCAGGGUCGGUUAAUUGCCGGGUCAUCCCUGUGACUACACAGACAGCCAGGUGAGCCGGCCAUUAGACAUGAAAAGUUAGGGACCAAGGGGUUGACAGGAACCCGCAAGAGGCGAAGCGUGACGGCUUGUGAAUGAAAGGUAAGCGGAGAUGUUAUGGGUGCCAGCGCGGAAGUGUUGACAGCAAUGUCAGGUCACUCCUCUGUGGCUCCCGACCGUUUAAAUAACAUAUUUCUCUUUCACGCAACGAACGCUAACGAACUCGUUAAAAAUGUAUUAUUCGCACCCGAUCAACUUUUCUCGCAAAUCGUUAGUUUUCCGCACAAAAAACUUGGACUUGACUUUAUAAGCUAAAAAAUUAAAAAUAUGAAUAGUGACAAUAUCAUUAUAUGUCAUUGCUACUUAUAAACUAGAACAAUCAAUAAAGUAUUGGAAGCGUGUGUUCUCAACCCCCGAAUGGGACAGGAUGCUCAUGGAUUAGGGCUGCAACCAGCAACAGCCGAAACUAGUUAACCUAGACAUCUCUGCGUAGGAAUACGGAAAAUAUACAGCUCGAUAAUAAACACCGAGAAAGCUGCAUUUAAUUUAAACUGAAAAAAUAUGAUAACCUCGUGUGCUUCUGCCUUCAUUGGCAUAUAUAUCAAACAAAUAAAAUAAGCCCUUCGACAUUUAUAAAACGAGUUCUUUUAAUUGUCAGUUGUUGAACUAUGCACUGGACACUGGGUUGUAUUUAUUGGUGAGCGCCGUUACAAAUCUAGCACAUUAUUUUUGGGUGGAAAUUUUCAUAAUAUUUUUAGGUUUCUGAGUACAGAAGAAAAAUUAAUAUCGUGUUUUUUCAUAUUGAGUAUGUUUAAUCUUUAAUAUUCAUUGUGAUUGUUUAUUUGUAUUGCUACUGAAACUUGAACGGAAAUUAUUGGCAGCAUAUUAUGUCAUCUGAA